AUGGUACUGUCGACCAAUCGACCCACCACACCAACCGGCCCCAAAACAUCCGACAGGCUGGUCUGGCUGAUCCUGCUGCCGUUCACCCUGUGGCCCGUGUACUACUGGAUGAGCAUCCCCUUGUCGGGCCUCUUUGCAUUCCUGAUGUUUGGGAUCGACGAGAUCGGCGUGCAGAUCGAGGAGCCCUUCGGAAUCCUGCCCCUCGAGGCCAUCACAAACACAAUCGAGCUGAACAUCCGGGAGCUGCUCGCCCACAGCUUCGAAGCCACAGCGUUGGCCACCCAGCCGCGCCGCGCCCACGGCGCCCCCUCUGCACAUGCAUUCGGCAGCACAACAGGCGGCAUCGACGAGGAUCAGGAGGUGGCUGCUGUGGCAGCAACAGGCGCGGCAGCAGCAGCGGGUGGCGCGGCAGCCUGCGACCACGGGACCGAGGUGACAGCUGAAGUGUGCGUGGAGGGCGGAGGGCGCCGCAAGUCCGAGGCGGCCGCAGGAGGUGUAGCAGGCGGCAGCCGGCGGAGCGUCGCGCUGCUGACAUCGGCGAGCAACGAGGCACAGGAGCUGGUGGCAGCAGCCCUGCAGCUGCAGUCUGCAAAGAGCGGCGCUUGCGGCGGCCUGGCAUCUGGCGGGAGCGGCGGCCUGCGGGGCGGCAGCGGAGGCGGUGGCAGCGUCGGUCGCCGCCCGAUUCGUGUCGCGUCGAAAACAGAGGUGGAGAUAGCUUCCGGCGGUCAGCCCAUAUCGGCAGCCACAACUUCGCCUCAGCACAGCCUGACCAGCGGCGGGCUUGCCACUUGGCUGCACGACUGA